UUGUGGCCGUUUAUCUGUUUGCACAAACACGCUAACUUCACUGUUGAGCGUUGAACAUAGGCACAGUUCAGUGUACGGUACAUCAGAACGACCGACCACUUAUUCUGUAAAUCGACCUCAGAAGGUUAACAUAUUCUGUGUAGUGCGCAUUACUAUAAUACGGCAAAAUGGUCUCUAUUUCUUUAGAUAACCCUCUCGUACAAUCAUACAUAGUAUAUUCAGCUAUAUUAGCGUUGAAAUUACUGUUUGUGGCUCCUUUAACUGCGUUGUCGCGUAUGAGAAGAAAUGUGUUUGCAAAUCCAGAAGAUGCUGCGUUGACGAGGGGAAAAGUAAAAUACGACGACCCAGUGAUCGAGCGUGUUCGACGUGCUCAUCUCAAUGAUUUGGAGAAUAUUCCUGCAUUCUGGGUGCUUGCUGCGUUGUAUGUGACUACUGGACCGGCGGUUGCGUGGGCGCAACUACUCUUCCGCGUCUACACUGCAGGCCGUAUACUUCACACAAUUGUUUACGCUGUAGUACCGUUACCCCAACCGGCUCGAGUGUUAGCGUUCGGUAUUCCCUUCGCAAUCAAGAUCUAUAUUGGUUUACAAGUGGUUUUACACUAUAUUACUGCAGUGUAAUUAUGUUAUCUAUUGGGUUUUAAGUACAUAGUUUAUUUGUUAAUUAAAUUGACUGGUGUUUUAGUUUUA